UCUCGGGGCGGCGCUCACUAUUGACGUCAUCUCCCCCCGCCCAGCGUGUUAGUUCCACGCUGCUGUCUUCUUGUGAAUGGGUCAAGAGACUAAACAAACAGAAAGCUACCCGGUCUCUCGGUUUUAAACGGUCAGCCCAUGUCCUUCCGUUCAUUCCGGACUGUCAGAUAACGGACCUGUCACGCGCCGACACACCAAGAACUCUCAAAUUUGCUCCUUAACAGCUCGUUAAUCUUGACGCAAGAAAAACUGUUUCCAGUUCCAGCCUUUACCCAUUUACCCAAUAACACAGAGCUCAGCGUGUUGCUGGUAGAGUCAUGACCCUGAGACCAGCUGAUGGCUGCAGACAGCUGACCUUGACCAUCGGCCUGACCCUGACUCUAGCCCUGCUGCAGUGGCCAGUAGGAGAUGUCCGUGGUCAGGAUGGACCGUCUCCUGCGCAGGUCCUUCAGGAGCUGCUGACACGCUAUGGAGACAACACCAGCAUCUCCGUCCCUCAGCUCCGAGCGCUCCUCAUGCGCUUAAACGGAGGCCAGAGUGGAGAGCAUGAUGCACAAACACAGCCCGCCAAAACCAAUGCAUCUCAGUGCUUGGCUGCAGACACUCUGGCAGCGUAUGGGAUGAGCGAACAGUCCCUUAUAGAUGAACGAGGCCUGCAGGAAAUCUGCCCUACCAUGAUACAGCAGCUGGACUCACAAGCAUGCAAGACCCGACAGGACCAAGAGUCAGAGACCAGCCCCAGACCCACUUACGCUGAGGUGUGGGGGUAUGGGUUCCUGUGUGUGACCGUGAUAUCUCUGUGUUCACUGGUCGGGGCGAGUGUGGUUCCCUUCAUGAGGAAAACCUUUUACAAGCGGUUGCUGCUGUACUUCAUAGCCCUGGCCAUUGGUACUCUGUACUCCAACGCACUCUUUCAACUAAUCCCAGAGGCCUUCGGAUUCAACCCCAUGGAGGAUUAUUAUGUGUCUAAGUCUGCUGUCGUGUUUGGAGGAUUCUACCUGUUCUUCUUUACAGAGAAAAUCCUGAAGAUGAUCUUAAAGCCAAAGGACAAGGGAGGGCAUGGCCACGGCCACAGUCACUUUUCUGCGGAGCGCUAUGCCAGCUCUAAUGGAGAUUUGGAGGAUGGUGUGAUGGAGAAGCUGCAGAAUGGAGAGGCUGGAGGAGCAUCUUUACCCAGAGCCGAAGCAGAUGUCAGAGGACUCGGAGAAGACGACAAGAUGCUCAGCACUGGGCAGACAGUACAGGACUCUCAGAGCUCGGGGGGGUGUUACUGGCUGAAGGGCAGGGGGUACUCUGACAUCGGCACUCUGGCGUGGAUGAUCACUCUGAGCGACGGUCUGCACAAUUUCAUCGACGGUUUGGCUAUCGGAGCCUCCUUCACUGCGUCUGUGUUUCAGGGCAUCAGUACGUCGGUGGCGAUUCUGUGUGAGGAGUUUCCACACGAGUUGGGUGAUUUUGUAAUCCUGCUAAACGCUGGCAUGAGCAUCCAGCAGGCGCUCUUCUUUAACUUCCUGUCAGCAUGCUGCUGUUAUCUGGGCAUGGGCUUCGGCAUCCUGGCCGGGAACAACUUCUCUCCUAACUGGAUCUUUGCUCUGGCCGGAGGCAUGUUCCUCUACAUCGCGCUGGCUGAUAUGUUUCCGGAGAUGAAUGAGGUGAGUCGUGAGGAAGAGGAGGCCGGAGGAAAUGGCUCUCUGGUAACUUUUGCCAUCCAGAACGCAGGGCUGCUCACAGGGUUUGCCAUCAUGCUUGUCCUGACCAUCUACUCUGGACAGAUACAGCUCGGAUAACAGAGGACCUCCAUACAAACUUCAGUAUGAGCCAGCUGUGCUGGCUUGUUUUAAAACUUGUGCCCAGCUGGACUAGGUCAUGACAUAAAGUGAAUUGUUUUGGGCCAUAGUGUGGGCUCCAAGUAAACCCUGGACUGUUAAAAUGAGGCUAGAAUUGACUGACCUGUGAACUUUGCUUCAGAUUCGUCCAAAACCCAGGACCUAGUGAUGGAUGUGCUGCCAUUCAUCUAGUUUAGGUCUUCUCACGUUCUUUUGUCUCAAAGCUUUAGGACACAGUGAUGUCCCUAUAUACAUAUGUCAUUUUUGCAUUGAUUUUUAAUGUUCUCAUUAUUUAAUUUCCAACAAAAUGACUCUCUCCCUCAGAGACGGUCCUGACCGUGAGCUUUAGACUCGAUGGGAUGAAACUGGACUCGUUUUACUGACAUUUACAUUUAUUUUAAAAAUGUAGGUUUUUCAUAUACUUUAUACCAAAUGUUUGUUUAUUCAGAAGAAAAAUUCUAAAACCAGUUGCCUAGAGACAAGAUAUAGACUAGUUAGUCAGCCCUCAUAAUUCUGUGCUGUUGUGUAGGUCACUUUAAUCAAAGGUUACUGUGCACUGUUGCGUAAGCAGAUUUGAGUUUGGAUACAAAGUGAUGUCUGUUCACUGUUCGAUUCCCCCUCAAUGCCAUUCCAUAACAACAAGCGAAAACACUAGACGCUUGAAACAUUAAGGCACUCAUUAUUUUGUUAUUAAUGUUUUUUUUAUUUUAUGUCUUUAACAAAAAAGCAGAGACCAAGAGAAGUUCCUUUAUAUUUCCGUUAAUAUGACCAGAAUAAGUGGUGCAUGCUUUUUUAGAAAAAUGAUCACACCAGUUAUCAUUGCUUUUAUUUAUGAUAACUGCUCUUAUUUUCCACAUCCUCUCGUUUGAGCUGAAUGCAGUGCUCUUCAUAAUUAAAGAAAUAAUUAGGAAACGCAGGCGAAGUGUGUGUGUAAAUGUGGCAUUGUAUCGAUUCUACAAUAAUAUGUUUCUAUAUCUUUACAUAUUGCACUACAGCACAAUUCUCAGAGAGCUUUGCUAAUUAAGCAUCUAGACUGACGGAAAUCAUUUCUGAAUAUUGGUGGAUUUUAAGAUGAAGUGUGUAAUUGCUGCAGCACUAGUUUAGUCAAACUAGCAAAAGAUUUCCGAAUCACUCGCAUUGUUUCAAAAUUGUAUUUCGAUAUUAAAUAUUUGAAAUAGUGUUUAAACGUUUAAG